AUGUUGAAGAAACUCGCCUCCUCGGGCGACUCCCUGAAAACACCCCUUGGCUCCAUGCAGCAAUCCCACGAAUUCGCGUCCACGCCGACGGAAGAGCCCGUCGCCGUCCCCAACAGCACGCCCAAGACCUCUGCCUUGCCCAUGAACGCGUCUCACGGGUCUCAGAUCGAUACCUCUGCCUCCCCUACGAACAAUAUCGUCGCACCCGACACCCCGCCUACCGAGCCCCCAGCCGCAACGCCAAUAAUCUGGGGCUGUUCGCUGCCGUUAACCGAAGCGACAGUUCAAAAAUUCUCCGGCGAUUCGAGCUGCGCAACACUACAGGAGUCUUCCAUUGUCACCCCCGCCACAAGUCACACCGGUCGUCAAGACGAUACUUCCCGUGCAUCCGCGGGCAGCGAUAUCAUAACCAAGGCCAUUGAUGAAGUCACCAAGUUACGGGCACACAAUGUUCAGCCAGACACCAAGCGCGCACUUCCCAAAGAUAUUGCAGACUUUAUUUCCGGUGUUCUCCAGAGGCCUCUCGAAGGCGAGCGAUCGCCAAACGCCAAAGAAGUCGUUACAAUCUCUCAGGAUACUGCCUUUUCCGAUGAAGAUAUCUUUCUCUUCAACAUUGCGCCCUGGUUGGUCAUUCCCUUUCAUCAGCCUGGGCCGAUGCUUGCCUCGGUGGGGAAAACCAGGCUGUCAACCGACUGGUUGCCCACAGCUUCGGAGGAAAUCGUGAAGGGCCUGGGAGCUCUCAGCGAGGCCAGACCGGAUACCGCUCUCGGGUACGCGAAGAAAGGCAUUGUCGAUCCAUCGACGAAGACGGCCUUCACCAGCCAUGAGGAGUUUGUCUACCUCUCAAGGUUCGACAUAUGUGAGGAGCUUCUAAUGCCAUUUCUUACUGCCCAGUACAAGCCCGCCAACGGGGAGUCCUUCACUAUCGCCCAAUUCGAAGGUGCGCGCGAUGGUGCGUGCAUCGUCAACUAUCUGUACGAAUUCUACGACGCAGCGAAGCGUGAUGCUCCCACAACUCUUGAGACAUGCCACUUUUCAAUCACCGUCGACCCAUGGCAAGCCAUGCUUUGGGUGCAUUGGAGCGAGGCUGAGCAGGACACCCGAGCAUACUACUCGAAACUGGUCAUGACCUGUUCCAAUCGGUCGGUCAGUCAGGUUCAGGAGUUCCGUGUAUAUAUCAAGAACUUGAUCAACUGGGCCUGCGAAGAUCGGCUUCGGUCAAUCAAGGAAGCACUUCCAGACUUCCACGCCAACAGAGGGCCCCCCACGAAGCGACAGAAGAAGGGCACUACUUCUUGA